AUGAACGUGGAGACCAUUGGGGUGGACGAACGUGGAGAGCGUCGGAAUUCUUGUGCAGAGGUAGGGAGGUGCUGGAGUCCGGCAACGCGGCGGUGCUGCUACGGCACGCGGCGGCGGCCCGGGCGCCUGCUCUUCAGCCUGGACGGCGACGACACGCCAGGAGCUGUGCACAUGUUGCAUGAGGGCCCACGGGCUUCGACAGCGCCGCUGCAGGAGAAGGUGGUCUCGCGCCACCGCGCGUGGAUACGAGAGGUGAGGGUGGCCACAGGUAGGGUGGAAAUGCAGCUGCAGGGGCCCUUACACUCUAGGAACAGAUUCAGCUCGCUGUGGCAAACUGAGAGCAGCUCCGGGUUCACGCUGUUCAAUUUCUCUGAGCUGGCCGCCGCAACUGGCCACUUUUCGGACGAGAACCGGCUCGGCCAUGGCGGCUUCGGGACUGUCUACAAGGGCAAACUAGGAGGUGGUGCUGAGAUCGCAGUGAAACGGCUGUCUUCACUUUCUAGGCAGGGCUUGGAGCAAUUCAAGAACGAAGUCCAGCUGAUUGUGAAAUUGCAGCACACAAACCUGAUCCGUCUGGUUGGCUACUGCGUCCACGAGGAAGAGAAACUGCUCGUCUACGAGUACAUGCCCAACGGCAGCCUCAACUGCUUCAUUUUUGAUUCUUGUGCAGAGGUAGGGAGGUGCUGGAGUCCGGCAACGCGGCGGUGCUGCUACGGCACGCGGCAGCGGCCCGGGCGCCUGCUCUUCAGCCUGGACGGCGACGACACGCCAGGAGCUGUGCACAUGUUGCAUGAGGGCCCACGGGCUUCGACAGCGCCGCUGCAGGAGAAGGUGGUCUCGCGCCACCGCGCGUGGAUACGAGAGGUGAGGGUGGCCACAGGUAGGGUGGAAAUGCAGCUGCAGGGGCCCUUACACUCUAGGAACAGAUUCAGCUCGCUGUGGCAAACUGAGAGCAGCUCCGGGUUCACGCUGUUCAAUUUCUCUGAGCUGGCCGCCGCAACUGGCCACUUUUCGGACGAGAACCGGCUCGGCCAUGGCGGCUUCGGGACUGUCUACAAGGCGAGCGGAUGGUGA